CUGGAUACUCCCCAUAUGAACUGAUGUUUGGUCGGCAACCCCGCCUUCCUGUUGACUUAGCUUUUGGAUUGCCUGUGUCUGAACAACCAUCUACAUCUCAUUCACAGUAUGUUGAAAAGCUCAAGUCACACCUCAAAGAAAGUUAUAAAAUUGCAACUGAAAACUCUGAGAAAGUCAUGUGGAAGAACAAACUCAGAUUUGACAAGCAAGUCACAGCUGCAGAACUCUCAGUUGGAGAUAGAGUUCUGGUUAGAAACGUCAAACUACGAGGCAAGCACAAGCUCGCAGACCGGUGGGAAUCAGACGUGUAUAUUAUUCAGAAGAAAGCCGGCACUCUUCCAGUAUACACCGUUAAACCAGAAGGCAAAGAUCGUCCCAUCAGGACUCUCCACCGUGAUCUGCUGUUGCCUUGUGGCUACCUGUCCCCAGCCUCUAAACCAGAACAGAGGAAGAAAACAGCGAUUGCACCCGUGACUUCAGAAAAUGUAGAUCUUUUAGACCCUGAAAAUGAAGAACUGUUCUUACCUGAUUUAUCUGAUUACUCCAGCUCCUAUGUCACCAGAGUUACAACUGAGGUUGACUUACCUGCUCCUGCAUCUACCAUCGCUCCUAUACCUGUGGAUUCGCCUGGCCAGCAUCCCCAGAGCUCUUUAGAAGAGAAGGUUGGUGAGGAAAAGGAAGUGGAGUCUGGACCUGAACCUAUUGCUGAACUCGACCUGGAACGAACGGCUGAAGAUGAAACAGAUUCUGCUGACUCAGAGCCUCUUGGGGACAACUCCUCCUCUCAAUCAGGACCUGUCUCUCCUCACCCAGAAUCUGCAUCCUAUCCAGGACAAUCCAGCAUGUUAAGUGAUUCUUCUGCUGUAAAACUCUCCAACCCAGAUCCUGAACCAUCUGCCAGACGCUCUACCAGAACACGUCACCCACCAACUCGUCUGCAGUAUUCAACACUUGGGCAUCCACUUCUGCAGAGCAUCCAAACCCUGUUUCAAGGACUCAGUACAGUCUUUACAUCUGCUCUGGAACUGGAUGAGACCUCUGUGACCUCUACAUCAUGUGACAGUGUAGUGUGUCACCAGCCGGUUGCAUGUACGAGGCCGCACAUGAGUUUAGGGGGGGAACCUGUAACCUGCAAUUAGUAAUGGACUUUUAUUUUUGCGGGCCCACUUCCUGUUUGCCCCAAACUCCGCUAGCUUAUUUAAAGCCACGCCUCCAGCGCGCAGUUUAAAGAUCCUCACCUGUUUCCACUGUGGCUGUGGCUUGUUGUUGGCGUCUUCUUCACGGAGUCAUCAAAAUCUUUAAGCCCACUGAUUUGAUUGCCUGGUGAGUUUAUUAUCUGAAAGCAGUGUUGCUUUUACAUGUGAAACUUUGGUUUGAUUGCUCAUUGGAGCGUUGUUUUAUUAGAAUUAUUGGCGUUGUUACCUGGAUGUCACCGGGAUUCUGGCACAGCUGAUUGUGGCUGGGCGUGCCCACUCUCUUGAUAAGGUAAUCUGUUGCUGAAUUUUGUGUAUGUUCUGACACAUUUAUAUUGAUGCUGAGGCAAUGAAGUUUAAAAUAAAAUUUAUCAGAACAGAAUGUAGCUACACUUAAAUAUGAUAUUGCGCAAUAAACUUAGGUAUUUACUUAUUUUUUUUUCUUUCCCUCACUCUGCUUGAGUAUUUGAGAAGUAAUUUAUUAUUUUCCUUGAUUGAUAUUUUGGAAGUGCACUUUAACUUUGACUUUGACUUUGACUUUAACUUUAACUUUAACUUUGACUUUGACUUUGACUUUGAUUUUGACUUUGACUUUGACUUUGACUUUGACUUUGACUUUGACUUUAACUUUGAAUUGAUUAACUUGAAUUAUGAUUGAUAUUUUUUGUUUUACUUUAUUUAAAUUAUGGUUAAUUUAACCUAAUUAUUGAAAUGUUUGCCUAAUUAUUAGAAAUCUAAUUGUUACGUUUAAUUUGCACAAACUAAAUGCUUAAAUUUAAUUAUUUUUUUUUGUAUUAUGUUUGUACAUAAUUGUUAUUUUGAUAAAAUGCUUAAUGGAUUUUCUGACCUUUUAGGUCGGGUUUUUUUUUUCCCCGGUUGGAUCAGAUCCUCAUCAGGAUUUGAAGAUGGCGAGCUAAGGAAAAGAACUCUGAACUUAAUGAUUUUGCAAUUAAUUUAUUCUGGGUCAAUUGUCUUGUCUCAUUGUGUUGUUGUAAUUGUUGUUUUAUUCAAAUCACUUAAUAUAUAUUCACCAAAACUAAAAACACUGCCUCCUGUUUUCUCCACACCUCGGGCUCCUAAAAGAACGCUUUUCUGAUGCUGCUUCUGUAGCCGCAGUUAGCUGCCUAGCCCAUAACUGUUACAUUUGACAUCUACUUCAAAGCAGCCGAGGAUCUUAAACAUGACUGCCACCCCCGCAAGGAAAACAUCCACCACCAAUAAGCUUUUAUUACACAGCAGUUCUAGCAACAGGGAUAAAUCAAGUGAACAGCCACCAGCUAACACAUCUGCAAAUGAUGGAAAUACUGACAGGAUAGAGGAGAGCCAGAAAGCGAUGCCAGUAGGCCUCCUGGCAGGAGUCGUCAUAGUGAUGAUUGCACUGCUAGCAGCUGUUCUCACAUCGAUCUACAUGUACAGUCACCCCACCUCCAGCGCCAGUGUUUUCUUCCUGGAGAGACGUCCAACCCACUGGCCAAUCCUGAAGUUCAGACGGGGCUCCGGUCGGCCAUCUUAUGCUGAAGUGGAAACUCCUGGCCACGACAGAGAAGGUUCUCUCAUCAUCGACCUCAAACAAUUUUUUGUCAUUUCAGACAGAAGAGAGAGCGAGCAGAAAGAAGGGUUUAUAGUUCCCGAUCAAAGAGAAUGCUUUCUUGCCUCAGAAAGCUCCUGACCAAAGCUGUAAGUUUUUUGGGGCUUCAGGGCAGAGCUGGUUCUAUGUGUAACAUCUGUUUUGUCUUAUGGAUAACGGACAAGUUCACUUUAGGAACAAAGAGCAGAAAAAAAGCACAAAACCUCAGUGAGGAUAUUUCAACAGUGCAUUGGCUUAGUGAGCCGAACAGUCUUAUGUAAAAGGAAGAAACUCUUCGUUUUAUCCUUCUAUCGCUUUCAGUCCAGAGAGCAGGAGGUGAUCCUGCUAAAAGCUUUUCCCUCAAAGAUGCCCUUUAUUUUCCUUUUACACCUACUUCACAGAGA